UUCUCCUCCAUUUCCAUUUUCUAUUUCUUCGAUCUUUUCCGAAAACACGUUUUCAACCUCCAAAUUUAAUUCUAAAACUAAUUCAAUCCCCAAAAAACCCCAAAAAAUUAGGGUUCUAUUUCUAUUACUUGAUCAACCUUUCUAGGUUUUGCUUUGUUUUUGCAGUAUUUGUGUGGUGACGGAAGAGUUCUGAAAGGAUGUGGGCAGCUUCGUGUCUAGCGUCAUGCUGCGCAGCUUGCGCUUGUGAUGCUUGUCGUACAGUGGUCUCCGGGAUCAGCCGCCGUUCAGCUCGUAUAGCUUACUGCGGUGUCUUUGCGCUGUCCUUGAUUGUUGCCUAUAUUCUUCGUGAGGUUGCGGCUCCUCUUAUGGAGAAGAUCCCUUGGAUCAAUUAUUUUCACCAAACACCUGACAAGGAAUGGUUUCAAACAGAUGCUGUGCUGCGAGUUAGUCUGGGAAAUUUUCUAUUUUUCACCAUUUUAGCUGUCCUAAUGAUUGGUGUGAAAAACCAAAAGGAUCCUCGUGAUAGCUUGCAUCAUGGUGGAUGGAUGAUGAAAAUAAUAUGUUGGUGUCUCCUUGUACUCUUGAUGUUUUUCCUUCCCAAUGAAAUCAUCAGCCUCUAUGAGGCAACUUCGAAGUUUGGGGCAGGAUUAUUUCUUUUUGUUCAAGUUGUGUUGUUGCUAGAUUUUGUUCAUGGGUGGAAUGACAAAUGGGUUGGAUACAAUGAGCAAUUCUGGUACACUGCUCUGUUUGUUGUUUCACUCAUUUGUUACUUGGCAACCUUUUCCUUUUCGGCUGUACUCUUCCAUUGGUUUACUCCAUCUGGACAAGAUUGUGGGCUGAACACCUUUUUCAUCGUGACAACCCUUAUGUUUGCCUUCAUUUUUGCAAUAGUAGCUCUACACCCAGCGGUCAAUGGUAGCAUUUUGCCUGCGUCUGUUAUAUCACUAUAUUGCAUGUACCUCUGUUAUAAUGGACUUGCCAGUGAGCCUCGGGAUUAUCAGUGCAAUGGUCUUCACAAGCAUUCUCAAGCUGUUUCAACAACUUCACUUACCAUUGGGCUGCUUACUACUGUGCUAUCGGUUGUCUACUCUGCUGUUCGUGCUGGUUCUUCAACAACUCUUCUCUCCCCUCCUAGCUCACCUCGUGCUGGUGCUGGAAGGCCCUUACUUCCUCUCGACAAAGCUGCUGAGGAAGAAGAAAAAGAAAAGGCUAAGCCAGUCACUUACUCUUACACUUUCUUCCAUAUCAUCUUCUCUCUCGCUAGCAUGUAUUCGGCCAUGCUUCUGACUGGGUGGUCAGCGUCUGUUGGGGAAAGUGGUAAGCUGAUAGAUGUGGGGUGGUCAUCUGUUUGGGUCCGCAUAGUCACCGGAUGGGCAACUGCAGCUUUGUACAUAUGGUCCUUGGUAGCGCCAGUUCUUUUCCCUGAUCGAGAGUUCUAAUUGGCAACUUGUAUGAUGUUAUCCGCGGAGUCAUAUCUAUAGAUGUUCUGCUGAAGUUCUAUUGCUAAUGCUUUGUUACAGCUUUGUGAAGAAUGUUAAAUUUGGUUAUGCAUGAGUAUCCUACUCGUUGAAUGCUCUUGUAAAUAAGAAUGUAAAAUUUGCAAACACAAUUGAACUGGAAUGAGUGAAUCAACUAAAGCCAAAACCACAAGCAAGAUGGACCCAACGUAAUAUGAAAUGAUACUAGCCGAAUUAUUUACUCAGGGUUAGUCACUAAAUCAUCUUUAGGAAAGGGCAGUUGUUGAACCCAUUUCUUUGGGGAUGGAGGGUUGUGAACACGUAACAAAAUUGUUUGCUUUUUAAUACUUGUACUCCCUUUGUUUAUUUUUAAUUGCUCCAUUUGCUAUAAAUGGAUGCCCCUUAUUAA